CCCCUUUCAAGACUCAACCAACACCAAAUAAAAUCCUUAGCCCACAAGCAAAAUUCUCCGGCUACAAAUCCUCUCAAAUCCUCCCAUCAACCGCAGUACCAGUAAUCACUCCUAAUGGCAUCAUCAUCACCGGCGAUCCUCCCAAUCUCAAACCCCCAAACCAUUGAAUCCCAGGCUCCUGUAGCCACCCCUGCCUUCCGUGCCUUCAUCAACAACAUCACCGAAAACGUCCGAUCUGGCCUCUCCACCCGCCGCCCAUGGUCCGAACUCGUCGACCGUUCAGCAUUCUCCAAACCCGACUCCAUCACCGACGCCGCCGGCCGGAUCCGCAAGAACUACACCUACUUCCGCAUCAACUACUUAACCAUCAUCGCCGCUGUUCUGGGUUUCUCUCUCCUCACAAACCCUUUCUCUCUCAUCACCCUUCUGGGUCUUCUUGCCGCCUGGCUGUUUCUAUACCUGUUCCGUCCGUCGGAUCCGCCGCUGGUGAUCCUGGGCCGUACGUUCUCCGAGCGUGAAACCCUAGGGCUGUUGAUUGUGUCGAGCAUUGUGGUGAUCUUUCUGACGAGUGUUGGAUCUGUGUUGAUCUCCGCGUUGCUUCUUGGAACGGCGGUUGUUGCUGCUCAUGGUGCGUUUAGGACUCCUGAGGAUUUGUUUCUUGAUGAGCAAGAGCCUGGUGCUUCCACUGGAUUCCUAUCUUUCCUUAGCGGCGCCGCCACUAAUGCCGCGGCCCCGGUUGUUGCUGCUGCAGCCCGUGCCUAAUCCGGUUUGAUCCGAUCUAUGUUUUGUUUUGAUUUUGUUUUUGAAUUUGUUGGUGUAAAGACAUUUGGUUUAAAUGUGUGUAUGGGUAUGAAUUAGAUAUACAUGAUUAAAUGUUCAAUUGUUCUAUUAAAAAGUUGAGGUAGAAUAUCAACAAUGAUGAAUUUAGAAUGGUUUAAA